UCUAGCUGUUUCAUAAACGUGCACAAAUUCAUCAGGAAUGGGUGGAUAUUGCUUAGAAUCGAACAGAAUACAAUUCAUGCGCCAUUUUUGAUAACCUGCUUCUAUCCCUGAAAGGUGUCGAGUAGAGAAGUAUGUUGGGAGGAUGUCAGGAGACCUGCGGCUUCCUCAGACACUAGACACACUGUGGGCAAGUGUUCCUGAUACUUUUGCCUACUUUCAACUCCAUCGCUUUCUCAGGCCUGACCGUCUGCUGGAUGCUUUGUGUGUCAGUGUGAGUCUUAAUUUGGACCCAAAGAAAAUUAUUCCACUAAAAAAUGACCUGAUGUACCAUCUUAGCCUUUGCUUCCCUGGGGUGAUCUCUGAGGAGGACGUUCUGAAAGCUACUGAAAUUGCCAUGAAGUUUGUGCCCACCAGAGAUCUAGACUAUCUUCUGUUCCCACGGCUGAACCUGACGCAAGACAAAGAGGUCAUCUGCUUCGUAUCCAACAUGCGACGUCUGAGAGUUACAGAAGCGAUCAUCCUCCCCAAGUCACUCAAGGAGUCAAAGAAAUUCGACUCAUUCACCCGGCCCAAGCCACUCAUAAGGUCACAGAAGAAAUUCAUUAAGAAAGAUAUGAGUCUCAAUAUUGAAUGUGGAAUGCCUGGCCAUUUAAGACCUGGUGCCCUUCCUGAUGUGGAUUCGUGGUGAAAUGAGAGUGAAACUAAGAGGUGCCUGGCUUUGCAGUGUCAUCUAUUCUGGAUUAUGAGUCUGGGUUUCUACCUUUAAAAGGGUACUCAGCAUUCGAGGAGGACUUUGGGUAAUGUGACGAUACGUCAGCAUCCAGAAGAUGGCUUUCCAUAAUGUUUUGCUCCAGAAGAUGACUUUGGAUUAUGAUGUUAGGCCCAGAAGAUGACUCUCAUUGAUGAUACGUUUUGCCAUGGCAGAUGACAUUAGAAAAUGAUAUAUCUAGUUGGUUGUGUUUAGCUCUGGCAGACGACCUAGAAAUAUACUGUUAUGUUUACCUGUCCUAGGACCCAAUGGGUAACUUGGAAUCAUAACUAUGUAGAAAUCAUACCAUUUUUAUGGGACAAGACACUCUCAGAGACCUAUUCCAACGGGGUACACGUUACUCGGCUGGGAACUAUCGGUCUGUUCAUCAAAUGAUCCCUGGUGAAAACCGUACAAGGAAUUCUUAACUGACUGAUUGAUGACAAUACA